AUGGCUUUGUACCCAGCGCAGAAACAUGUUCUCAAGACCUGUGCAAAGCUGGUCGAACUCCUUCCUGAGACCGAUCGGCUGAAGCCCCAGAUCUUGUUCCUCACUAGCGAAGUCACGCCGUUCCGGAAUGACACCGACAGGGAGAUCGCGUUCCGUCAGGAAUCCAACUUCUUCUACCUCUCUGGAUGUCACGUCCCAUCUUCGUUUCUUCUGGUGACCUACCAAGCCGGUACCUCGCUCGAACAAACUCCCUCCGUCGAACUCUUCAUCCCUGAGGUCGAACCCGCCGACCUCAUGUGGUCCGUCCCGCCUCCCAACUUAGACAUCGCUUCGAAAACGCACGACGUCACCAAAGUCGCGCACACGACCGCCCUCACCCCCACCCUCACCCAGCUCCUCGCCGCCUUCCCCUCCGCCCUCAUCCACACCCUCCCGCCCACUUCGCUCUUCCCCACUCUUCCCCCGCAGUAUCGCGCGCUCCUCGGCGCCGGCGCGAACGUCACGGACGCGUACCUCCUCGGCGCUUUGCACCGCGCGCGCCUGCUCAAGACCGAUCCGGAGAUCGCGCUGAUCCGACGCGCGAACGCGAUCAGCUCGCGCGCGCACGAGGUCGUCAUGCGCGUGCUGGGCGCGGCGGUCAAGGGCGCGCUCCGGGGCCAGGACCCGGCGUCGAUCGGAGCCCGCCCCGCGCUUCCCGGCGAAUGGCUCGUCGAGAAGGAGCAAGAGGCCGAGGCGCUGUUCGUCGCGUCAUGCAGGCGAGAAGGGGCGGUUCACCAGGCGUACCUCCCCAUCUGCGCGGCGUCGACGCGCGCCGCGACGCUGCACUACUGCUGCAACGGCGGGAACGAUAAGGAGUUCGCGUGGGGCCCCGUCGGCGCGCACGACCGCCAUAAUCACGGCGCGUUCGCGCAGCACGACGGCCAGGGCGGACCUAGGCAGCUGGCGCCGCAGGUGCUGCUCAUCGACGCCGGAUGCGAAUGGAGCUGCUACGCGUCGGACAUCACGCGUACGAUGCCGGUCGGGAACGGCGGCAAGUUUACGCCCGAGGCGCGCGCGAUCUACGAGCUCGUGCACGCUAUGCAAAAGGAAGCCUUCUCCCUCCUCCGCCCAGGCGUGCACUGGGACGCCGUCCACCUCGCCACCCACCGCGUCCUCGUGCGCGGCCUCCAACGCCUCGGCAUCCUCAAGUCGCCGCGGUCGGCCAACUCGGGAUCGUGGAACGCGGAGGAGGCGCCGCUCGCCGCCGGCGUGAGCGCGGCCUUUUACCCGCACGGGCUCGGGCACUCGCUCGGCAUGGACGUGCACGACGUCCCGAGCGCGUCCAAGCCGGCCGUCAACGCGACGAUACCGCAAGGCGACGACGACGGACUGGGAAACGAGGCGAUUUACGCGUAUUUGAGGCUGCGGUUGCCGCUCGAGGAGGGCAUGGUCGUGACGGUUGAACCCGGGUGCUACUUCCACCGGCACCUGCUCGCGGCCGUGCGCGACUCGAAGCACGUCGAUCUGGAGGUGCUGCGCCGCUACGAGUCCGUAGGCGGCGUGCGCAUCGAGGACGUCGUGCGCAUCACCGCGGACGGGUACGAGAACUUGACGACCGUCCCGAGCGACGUGCAGUGGAUCGAGGGCGUGUGUUCGGGCGCGCUCUGAGGGUCGUCGACUUAAGGGAGGUACAAGGGCAACCAUCAAUGUAUAACAAUACCUGGCUUGUCGGAUUCAUAUUCGGAGAUCGAAAGAAAAAUAGCUUAUCUUUUUU